ACCCAUUAUCACUAUCCAUGGAUUCCUCAAGCUUUCUGUGUCCUAAUUUCCACUCAUUUCUUUUGAAUUCCAAAACUUGCAGUUUGCAAAUCUGCAAAUUUGCAAGACAAAAAUGGCCACGGCCCUCAAGGCUGUUUAUGUCUCAGACGUUCCCAAUGUCGACCAAGUCUCGGAAAUUAAUGCUGCAUUGGCCCUAAUCAAAGCUCCAUGGUCAGCGCAAGGUGUGAAUGGUCAUGAUGAAGGCGUAGAAACUAAAUGCGGAUUCAAAUGGCCAAAGUUUGUGGUGAUGGGACACAGAGGCAGCGGAAUGAACAUGUUGCAAUCAUCUGAUGACAGAAUGAAAUCCAUCAAAGAGAACUCAAUUCGCUCCUUCAACUCUGCCGCUAAAUUCCCUAUCGAUUACAUUGAAUUUGAUGUUCAAGUGACCAAAGAUGACUGUCCAGUCAUUUUUCAUGACAACUUUAUCGCUACCGAGGAGAAUGGUGUUCUAGUUGAGAAAAGAGUUACAGACAUUACUUUGCCAGAAUUUCUUUCAUAUGGACCCCAGAAAGAACUUGGAAAGGCAGGAAUCCCUAUGUUUAGAAAAACCAAAGAGGGGACAAUUUUUGAGUGGAAGGUGGAGAAGGAUGACCCCCUAUGCACGUUGCAAGAUGUGUUUGAGAAAGUCGACCACUCUAUGGGUUUCAAUAUAGAACUGAAGUUUGAUGAUCAGUUUGUGUACAAUGAGAAACAACACCAACAUGUUCUUGAAGUAGUCUUGCAGGUAAUAAACAAGUAUGCGAAGGAUAGACCAAUCAUGUUUUCGAGCUUUCAGCCUGAUAUAGUGCUGUUGAUCAGAAAAAUGCAGAGCACCUAUCCAGUAUAUUUCCUCACCAAUGGAGGGUCCGAAAUAUACAAAGAUGUUAGAAGGAACUCUUUGGAAGAGGCAAUUAAGGUGUGUAUGGCUGGCGGUUUGCAAGGAGUUGUGUCAGAAGCGAGAGCUAUCUUGAGAGAUCCGAAUGCAGUAACCAGGAUUAAAGACUCCAACCUUUCCCUUCUAACCUAUGGCCAAUUAAAUAAUGUGCCAGAGAAAGUUUACAUGCAACAUCUGAUGGGUGUUGAGGGAGUGAUUGUUGAUCUGGUAGGAGAGAUCACCCAGGCAGUUUCUGAUCCAAACAACUGAUCUAGGAAUUGAGGGCAGAUGCAUGAACUUGAACUCGAACUUUUGUUCUGUUGGGGGCUGAUACCAGAGUUGAUGCAACAUUGCCAAUCCUAGAGGAGCAAACUUGUGUAUUAUAUAGUAGCAUUAAUCUUACGUCAAAAUUUAGUUGUAUUAAAAUGGUUUCCU